UAUUGUUUGCAUUACUUCAGUGAAGCUCUCCGAAUACAUUGAAGAUGGGGCAUUGAGUCUGUUAUUUUAAAAGUCAUUUUUUUAAAUAUCGGUGUUAUGUUUUAUUAUUCAGUGCUUGCUUCGAACGUUUUGGUAUUUAUUAGGUGAAUAUUCGCAUAGACUAUUACUCAUGCAAAUCAUUUUAUUGUACAAGGAAAUAAAAAAAGUAAUUGUAAAUUUUCCUUAAAUAGAAACAGGAAAAGUAAUUCUAAAUUUUGCAUAAUAAGACGAUGCCAAUAAAUCAUAUUUGUUCUAUUUCAUCUUGCAAAUUUUUUUACUCGGUGAAAUCGAUUACUAAUUGAGUGUCCAGUCAACAUGAAUGAACGCAGCCGCAUAGCUACGAGUGUUCGCAUGUCUGAAUAUGCAAACAAAAAAUAUCGAAGUCGUUCUUCGUCUGCAACAAAAGAAAACAAAAAGCCAACUUCAGUUUUAAUCAAGCAUACACCCGGAGAACGGCCAUUAGCAUAUACUAAUGCCGCAUUAAGUGUUGAAACAAUUCCUGACACGUCAAUACAACCAACAAGAUGCUCUCAGUUGGAUAAUAGUUGUCCAGAUUUACUGUCGGCAACUGUGGAAGAUGCUGUAAGAAAAGUUUUAGGAGGCAGUUUGCACGACCUACACCAGGAUGUAAAUCGAAUACAAAAAACACUUUCAGAAAUUGCUCUGAAAAUGGCAGAGAGUAAACGCAUUGCCAUAAUUGGCGCUGGCCCUUGUGGUUUGACAGCCGCCAAAGGUUGCUUGGAGGAAGGCUUGGAUGUUGUGGUUUAUGAUAAGACAGAUAACAUUGGUGGUCUAUGGUGCUACAGAGACUAUGACCUUGAGGGGCUGCCAUCUGUCAUGAAGUCUACCGUCAUCAAUACUAGCAAAGAGAUGAGCGCCUUCAGUGAUUUCCCGCCUCCAGCACAUUUCCCAAACUUCAUGCACAACACUCUUAUGUUUCAGUAUUUCAAAAUGUAUGCAGAAAAAUUCGGAGUGCUUCGACAUGUGCAACUCAUGACAGAAGUUCUUCAAAUAACUCAGUCCGACGAUUAUGAGAAGACUGGUCGCUGGAAAGUGACUACAAGAAGAAUGAAGGACAGUGUUACGAAUACAGAAGAAUUCGAUGGUGUCCUCAUAGCAACGGGACAUCACACAAGCCCCCUCAUGCCAGAUUUCCCAGGCCUAAAAAGUUUCAAAGGAAAUGCCAUUCACACGCACAGCCUCAAGAAAGCAGCUGGAUAUGAAGAUAAGGUUGUUUUAGUAGUGGGCAUUGGAAAUUCAGCUGUUGAUGCUGCUGUCGAGAUUAGUACAGUUGCUAAGCAAGUUUAUUUGAGUACCAGGCGAGGGGCAUGGCUUUUUCAACGAGUUGGACCUGAUGGAAAGCCUUUUGAUGCAGCAUACACAAGGCGAUGCCUAGAUACAGUAAACAAAAUCGUCCCUUUCUCUUUGUCUUGCUGGUUUAUGGAACAUGAGUUGAAUAAGCGUUUCGAUCAUGCUGCUUAUGGUCUCAAACCCAAACACAGAGUUCUGAGUCAACAUCCAACAAUCAACGAUGCUCUUCCUAACAAACUCCUAAGCGGCACAGUUAUACUUCGAGAAGACAUCAAAUGUUUCACAGAAAAUGGAGUUAUAUUCAAAGAUGACGAACAACCCAUUGAAAUAGAUGCUGUAGUCUUUGCUACUGGCUACAAAAUUGAAUUUCCUCUCGUCGGUGGAGAUGUAAUCAGAGUAAAAGAUAACAAAGUACAGUUGUACAAAUACAUGUUUCCACCACAUUUACCACAUCCUUCUUUAGCAGUGAUGGCGUGCGUGCAGGUAAUAGGUGCAGUAUUCCCCGUUGCAGAGCUACAAGGCCGAUGGUAUGCUUCGAUAAUGAGUGGUAAAAAGAAGUUGCCUUCCAAAGAAAUCAUGCAACAUGACAUAAAACUGAAAGAAAAGCAAAUGAAAGAGAGAUAUGUUUCGUCUCCAAGACAUACCGUUCAAGUCGAUUACAUCUCUUAUUCUGAUGAAUUAGCGGAACUUGUUGGAUGUAAACCAGAUCUUUGGAAGAUCUUCUUUACAGAUCCCAAACUUUUUUGGGCCUUGUUCAACGGUCCAUCAUUGCCUUAUCAAUAUCGUUUAACCGGACCCCAUCCGUGGUCUGGUGCAAGAGCGGCUAUUUUGGGCUACAAUAGCCGAGUAUUAGCAGCGUUGAAUACUAGAAAAAGCAGUGAGUGACAUUUAAAUUACUGCAGACUGAACCAUCCUGCAAUACAACUUAGCACAGACUUUUUUUUGAAAAGAUUGAAUUAUUUUGCUAAACAUUUUUACAAUUUUACCAUCGUCUUAUCAUUUUAUGUAAUAUUUGUAAAUGAACUGCAUAUCCUACCAUAUGGAUACAUAUUGCGAAUUACAAAUUUCCCAUUACUUUAAAUAUAAAAUGUUUAAUAAAAUAGUUAUUUAGCAUUCGUAUUACUUUAAGAAAGUCCAUGUGUUGUAGCUCUCUUUCGUUCACUAGCGAUCUUCAAUUAUUCAUGUUGUCUCUACAAUAUUAAAUAUUAUUUUUGUAAAUUAUGUUUAUAAAAGUAAUGUUAAAAAUCAAAAGUUAUUUGAAGAUACACCAUUUUAUUUUUAAAAAUGAGUAGUUUGAUUUGUAAAUAACUUUGUAAUAAUUGAAAUAAAUAUGAUUCAUAUUUAAUAUUCAUAUUUGUCAUCUCUUAUGUAUAACAGCGAAUGUAUAUAAAGUUCUGUUGUCAUGAUAACGGUGGCUGAGAAAUAAAAGAUAUCACAUUUGUUUAUUUUUAUAUACUGAAAGCAUAGCUGAAAAUAUUUUUAUGCAAAUAAAUAUUUUGUUUAAUUUCGUUUGAAAUUAUUGAAAUUUGUAUGAAAUGGUCUCCUUGGCGACCAUGUCAUUUAUACUCCUUUGCCCUUCGUCACUAUGGCAUUGUAUGAGGGAGGAAGCGAUACGGAUUUCUUUCAAUU